AUGCUGCAGGACAACUCCAAAUUCCUGAAUGAGUUGCUGCGUAUGUACCAGGCCAACCGGGAGUUGGGCUCGGUGUGGGUGACGAUGAAACGAACCAACCUGAAGCCGCGCAGGAGCAAGAAGGACUACUCCGGGCUCGCCUGCCACUGCCUGGUGCGGGCCACCGACGGCCGCAAGAAGCUGAGCACGGUGGUCGAGGGAAGGGACUUGGCACGCUUCAACGAGUCGUACAGCACCAUUCUCAAGGGCCACAUGGACUCGCUCAAGAAGCGUGUGCGGCAUGCGGCUAAGUUAGCACAACAGCAGUAA